ACUAAUUAGAAGACGAGGCGGCAUUGUACACACGUGAAUCACUAUUGUCUCGAACCCACCAGCAGCUGAGCUCCAACCGGCAUGGAGAUGAGUGCUGCUAUGUUCGCACGUGUGUCCUUCUACCCCACCCUGCUCUACAAUGUCCUGAUGGAGAAAGCUUCCGCCAGGAAUUGGUACGACCGCAUUGACGACACUGUCAUACUAGGAGCACUCCCCUUUCGGAAUCAAGCCAAUGACUUGAUUCAGAAGGAGAACAUGAAGGCGGUGGUGUCCAUGAACGAGGACUACGAGCUGACAGCCUUCUCGAACAAUACUGAUAAAUGGCGGAAACUUAACGUCGAGUUCCUACAGCUGGCCACCACCGACAUCUUCGAGUCGCCCAACCAGGAGAAGCUCUUCCGCGGCGUAGAGUUCAUCAAUAAGUUCCUGCCUCUGUCCAAUCGCAUCAGCGGACUGAGCUCCACGCAGUCGCCAGAGAAUGUUGGCUCUGUCUAUGUACACUGCAAGGCAGGCAGAACGCGCAGUGCCACCUUGGUCGGAUGUUAUCUGAUGAUGAAAAAUGGAUGGACCCCAGACGAAGCUGUAGAUCACAUGCGUGCGUGUCGUCCGCAUAUUUUACUGCACACCAAACAAUGGGACGCCCUCAGAUUAUUCUACACAAAUAAUGUGCAAGCAAAGUCAUGACCUAAGAUGUUCAAUAGCACAAAAUGUUUAUUGCCUAGAUUACCAUACGUAACUGGAACAGCUUGUUCCCCCAUUAACGUUUCCCAACUAAUGAAAUAGGUGCAGUUCUCUGAUUUUGUUGAAAAUUACAAUUUUUGUAAAAACA